AUGUCUUCAGAGAGCGACCCCGGCGAGAACCAGACCAUCUCUGGUGGGUUCAUCCUAGUGGGGUUUUCCUACCUUUACAAGCUUCAAAUCCUUCUGUUUCUGGUGCUUUUGGUCAUUUACCUGGUAACCCUGACGGGGAACCUGCUCAUUAUCCUGCUGAUAAAGCUGCACCCCUCCCUCCACACCCCCAUGUAUUUCUUCCUGGCCAACCUAUCCUUCUCGGAAAUCUGCUUCACCACCAGCGUGGUCCCUCAGCUGCUGGUUCAUCUCCUGGUGGAGGACAAGACCAUAUCCUUUGCGGGCUGCGCAGCCCAGAUGUACGUCUUCACCAUCAUGGGCCUCACAGACGGCUCCCUCCUUGCGGCCAUGGCCUAUGACCGCUACGUGGCCAUCUGCCACCCCUUGCACUACACAACCAUCAUGAGCGGCCGGGCAUGUGCGCAGCUCCUGGGAGCUUCAUGGACGAUCGGCAUCUCGGUGGAAGUAGCUCAGACCACGUGGAUCUUCAGCCUGCCCUUCUGUGGCUCCAACCGCAUCCACCACUUCUUCUGCGACAUCCCACCCGUGUUGAAGAUGGCCUGUGCCGACACAUCGAAACACGAGAUCAUGGUCUUGACGGUGUCUGUUGUCUUCAUCAUGGGCCCUUUUUUCUUGAUAAUCCUGUCCUACAUCCUCAUUAUCUCCACCAUCCUCAAGCUGCCCUCGGCAGAGGGGAGGCGUAAAGCCUUCUCCACCUGCUCCUCCCACCUCACGGUGGUGACUUUGUUCUACGGAACAGCCCUCAUCACCUACCUGAAACCCAAGUCUAGCUCCACCCCAGAGAAUGAUCUAAUGAUUUCCCUCAUGAACACGGUUGUGUCACCAGUGUUGAGCCCCAUAAUAUACACGCUGAGGAACAAAGAUGUGAAGGAAGCCUUUAGAAAAACUGUAGCAAAAAGUAUCUUGUCCCACAACCAGACAACUUAG